AUGGAGAUAGAGGAAAAACGCAACUCGGUUUCAAAUGUAAAAGCUGUGGAAAUUCCGAAGCCGCCUUCGAUCGACGAUUUCAUCGUUUUGAAACCGAUUAGCCGCGGCGCCUUCGGCAAAGUCUACCUUGCCCGGAAGAAGUGCAGUGCGCGUUUAUAUGCUAUUAAAGUGAUGAAAAAGGCAGAGGUGACUGACAAAAACAUGGCGAGCCAGAUGAAGGCAGAGAGAGACGCGCUCGCUCUCAGCAAAAGUCCAUUCAUCGUUCACCUGUUUUAUUCCCUUCAGACAGCCACCAAGAUUUAUCUGGUAAUGGAAUACCUGAUUGGCGGAGAUGUGAAGUCUCUCCUUCAUAUUUCUGGUUAUUUUGACCAGGAUGUGGCUGUAAAAUAUAUCUCGGAGGUUGCAAUGGCUUUGGACUACCUCCACCGCCACGGCAUAAUCCACAGGGACUUGAAGCCAGAUAACAUGCUCAUAUCCAAUGAAGGGCACAUCAAACUAACAGACUUUGGUCUUUCAAAAGUGAAGCUUGACAGAGAGCUGAGUCUUAUGGAUAUUCUUACCACGCCAUCUUUGGCGAAACCAAAAAAAGAUUUCUUCCGCACACCGGGUCAAGUUCUCUCCUUAAUCAGCUCCCUUGGAUUUAACACGCCUGCAGGAGAUGGUAAGCGUCACUUCAGCGCCUCGGUUGUGUCCAGCCCAAUGUCCUGCAGCAAAAUCAAACCAAAGAAUAACUCUCUCAGUUCUUCUUUGAGCAACAACAAAGAUCAGCUGUUUUCUCCAGCAGGCCACAUUAGUAAGUUGGGACCUAAAAGUAGAGUGUUUAGUUCUCACAACCUGGCAAAAAACUUGACGCCAACGUUGUUGAAAACUAGAAAAAGGUUUGAGACGGCGAGUGGAGGCAGCACCUCCGACACGGAGGGUGGCAUCAGUCCACUGUGGGAGUGUGAGGAGAAAGAAAAUGAAUGCAUCAAUAAUCAGAGAAUGAGAGGGCAGUCCAAAUCCAAAGGAUCUGAACAGGCUCAAGAACCCACAGAGUUAGACACCAUUGGCGUCUCUACCAAGGUGUCCAGCAGGAAGCCAAAAAAGUCAAAUUCUGACCAUUUUCAGGAUACAAGGUCUCAAAGAAAGAAGCCAACGUCUGUCCCUGGAGCUCCGGAGGACGUUUGUCCAUCAGUGAGAGAUGACUGCCAGCUUGCAGUCCCCUCAUCUGUUAAAAGGACAUUUUCAGAAAUAGAAAGUAGUCCAGAACCACUGGAGAGCCUAGCUAAAAAGAGAAACACGGACUACAAGAGAUUCUUUGAUAUUCCAGAAGAGACUGCUAGGAGUCACACUGGUCUGACUGGGACGUUUUCCACCUUCCAAAUAGGCGAGGGAGCUGAACACCAGAGUCCGAAGCGGUCCAGUCCCAUCGCUGUGGCCAAAAGUCUAUUCAGUGAGCUGGAGGAGCCGAUGGAGGACGUGUUUGAAGGUGGUGCUGAGGACAUGUCACGUUUAAGUUUCACCUCACCACUUCCUGAGACAGGGAAUGUUUGCAGGAACUUGAGCCUCAACUCUGACGGAUCCAUGCAUGACACCUCCCUCAUCCUGGACGGCCAUGAAUCUGUUCUCCAACCAAACAAAUUAACAGAAAAUUCACUUUUAUCCGAGGAAAAUGAGAAGAACAAGAACUCCUCAAAUACCGAAUGUGUUGCCAUAGUAACGCCUACACUUGGUCAGUUUGGGCGAAAAGUUGAACCUCACAGUUCCCUCCUCAGCCCGCUGCCCGGUCUUGUUCGAAGUGUUGCGCGGUCCUCCUCGUUCCUCAAGCCACGAAACGGCGUGGUGUUCCGCAGUUACUGCAGCUCCAUUAACCGCUCCAACAUAUCUGGAGUGUCCAGGCUCAGCGUUGGAUCUCUGGAGCCGAUGGAUGCGUCCACAUCGGCGUCUUAUCACUCGGCAUUUGGGGGUGCGACGCCCGUGCAAAGAAAACCAAACUCCUGCAGUUCUGUUUUUCAGACUCCUCAGCCCACGUCGACCUCCCACACUCCUUACAGGACUCCAAAAAGUGUGCGGAGGGGUGCGCUGCCUGUUGAAGGGGUGCCAAUUUUGGGAACCCCGGAUUAUUUGGCUCCAGAGCUGCUUCUCGGAAAACCACACGAUUGCAUGGUGGACUGGUGGGCGCUCGGCGUGUGUCUGUUUGAGUUCCUCACAGGUGUGCCACCGUUCAACGACGAGACACCUCAGCUGGUUUUCCAGAAUAUCCUCAACAGAGACAUCCCCUGGCCUGAAGGAGAGGAAGAACUGUCGGCAAACUCGAGGAAUGCAAUUGAAAUCCUGCUCACUAUGGACAUGACGAAACGUUCUGGUCUAAAGGAACUCAAGUGCCAUCUGCUGUUUGAGGGUCUGGACUGGGACAACCUGCAGAACCAGCCGAUGCCUUUCAUACCUCAGCCCGAGGACGAAACAGACACCUCGUAUUUUGAGGCAAGAAACAACGCUCAGCAGAUCGCAGUGUCUGGCUUCAGUCUGUAG